AUGUCUCUGCAUUCACCAUCUGAAUAUGACUUUUUCAUUCCGGUCGUGGACAUAUUCACACUCGACACCGAAGUCUCGAUCUCACGCGAUGCAGACUGCCUGUCUCCCACUGCAGCACUUAUUCGUGCCGGAUACCUGGGUCAUGUGCCACAUGCACCGUCCCUUGCAUUUUCACUGCGUACAUUAGAACACUUCCGACUGCUUCAUGCCCGCAAGCCCUCUUUUAGUAUUGAAGCAUUCGCAAAAGUGCUGUGUGAUUCAUACCGGGUGCGGGCGUUUGAUGCCUACCUAGCCAUUCUCCGUGGUGUCGACAAGAAGAUCAAUGAAAUUCUCGGACGUGACACUCCCAACUGGCGCAUUCUCAAUGCCUGCCCCCCUUGCACUUAUGAAUUGGAGGAAGAACCUACUCUCACCUUUGGACGUAUGUAUGUCCUUGAUGGUGGGAACUCGGCCAAAUGGAUGGCAGAAGGUGCACGUAAUCAUGGUGACAUGCGGGAGUAUACUGAGAGUGACUACUUACUUCCCCGCACAUAUGUUGACAAGUUUGCCAAUGAGGUGCAAUCGCGAAAUUUAGAAGCCCUGGACUCGCUGGAAGCUAACGACGAUGAUGAAGAUACCGAAGCAGACCCAACAAGACGCAACAUCGCAUCAGACUGCAGCAAGAACUGGAAGGCUGCUGCGAGCGACGAAAAGAAGCGGAUGUGGAGCAUUUUCGAUGAAACAGGCAUCUUUGUCUCCGCCUGUCACCAUAGCCUCCUUUUGUGGGUAGCAGAUAUGGUUCACAGUGGAGAACUGGCCAAGUACCCCCUCGCAAUUAUAUCUAAAGUUCUCGAGCUCCUCAGCGAGCGCUCUCUCGCAGCCUACGACAUUGGCUGUGGGUUUGCCUCAACAAUCCGCGCCAGAAGCCUCGGGAAGGCAUUUGAGCAGCAAGGCUGCCGUAUCUGUGUCGAUGCGUUCCAUGGAUAUGCACAUAACUACACUUGCCAAACCAAGAAUCAUCCGAAUGGCAUUCAAGGUGCAGGCAUUGAGGACUUUGGAGCCAUUGAGCACUUCUUCAGUGCAUCAAAUGCACUCGCUCCUGUCAUCCGCUAUGCGACUGCCUACCGUCGUUCUGUCUUCCUCAACCUUUUCUUUAAGCAGUGGGAUGACGAUAAAUAUCUUAACCUCGCCACAAUGAUCUAUCACAACUACAAGCAAUCUAUCAACAUUAUAGCAUCAGAGUCUCUUGCCCUUGACGGUGCCAAAGCGUCGCUUGGAAUCCAGGACGGUGAUUUGGAGGCUUGGCAUCAAGAAGAGAUAGAGUAUAUUGCUUGUCUUGGCAAGGAGACCGAGUGGGACAUUCACGCUAUGACAUAUGUCGAGCUUCUUCAGAAGUUGAGGGACGCGCAGACUUGCGCCAGCGAUACUUCCUUGCAGUUUAUAUCUAUGGUGCCGUCCAAUUAUCAAUUCUUGCCCCCCUCACAGGAUGUAUCCUAUUCCGCCAAUGUAUCAGCUACGAGAAAGGUUGAAACUCAUCGUAGGUACCACGCUGAACGCCUCGACACACUUCAACGUGAAGUUGUUGCCUUGGAGGUCAAGAUGGGUGUUGCUCACUGGUGGCAGCCAACCUCGCCAGAGUAUCAAGAAACCAUGAAAUAUAUGGCAAUGCACACCUAUCAGCAUGCCCUCGAUAACCUCCAGCGCCUCGUAGUGCAACAUCUAUUCGAGUUGCAAAAGCUCAACAUCUCUCAGACGGCCUACAAAAUGUGCACGCAUAUCUCGAAGUCCCUCCAGACGCGUUGUCACGCCAUUCAAACUGCCAUCAAGAAAUACAAUGAUGCAGCAUCACAGCUACACCCACCGCGUCCGCCACUUGAAUGGUCCAAGGUGUCUCACUAUAGUUUUCUUGAGGAGUUCAAUCUUCUCCAUGAGAUGCGACAAGACAUCUGCGACAAGAUGUGGGCAAGACCAGCGAUUCGUGAGACAUUGUGGCAAUGGCUAUGCAUACAGCGUGCAAAGGAGGAGAUUGAGAGGUGUAAUGUUGAAGUCCGGCGCUUGCAUAUGUUUAUUGUGGAUGAGGACUGGCACUUCGCUCGUGUUCUUUCUUCACUUGAAGAAUCGCCUUUAUAUUUUGCUGUUCAAGAAUUCUGCAAACACCGGUGGUUGGUCAACUCCCAGCUCCUUGACCGCAUUUUUCAGAUUUACGCACUUUUGGGCUUUAGUGGGGUAGCCUCUCCAGGCUUAAGGAAGGGGCAAGUUGAUCUUGAUGUAGAGGGGGAUGGUAUGGACGGUGAUGACAUGCAGGAUAUCGGGACUUUAGUAGAAUACUUGUCGGAUCUUGCACUUACCCGCUGA